GGAGCCCACGAGAGUCGUAGAUAGGGAGAUUGUCCACGCCAUAGAAAUAAUUCCASGGAGUAAAACCCCAAGGGGAAGGAUCUAUAGGAUGGCUCCGGCCGACUUGGACGAACUCCGAAGACAACUGAAAGAGCUGACAGAAAAGGGUUGGAUACGGCCUAGUACUUCCCCCUUCRGAUCUCCAGUGCUGUUUGUACCGAAGAAGGGGGGAUCGUUAAGGAUGUGCAUUGAUUACAGAGGCCUCAAUGCCAUCACAGUGAAGAACGCAGAGCCUCUGCCUCGCAUAGACGACCUAUUGGAUAGGGUGCAGGGGUGACAGGCGCCGGGAAACAAGAUGGCGCGAUGGUUGUCGCCUCCUGUCUACUCUAGUGCUCCGGAAAUGCCUAUAAAAGGGACUUCUAAGUCGGAAAUGGCAAUGAGACGCGCCCGGAUGCCGCGGCGACCCAUGCAACCGCAACCACCCACGGAAAACAGAGGUGGAUGGGAGGUGUCGCUCCUAGCAGGCUACGCGAUUCAAGGAUUGGAUGCCGAAUGGAGAGCCGUGACCCUGGGAAGAGGACAGGCGUUCAUGAUGAUGGAAUGUUUGUGGGAUGGCGCAAGAUACAAAGAUGAGAUGAAAGUGCAACCGGGAGUGCGGAAGUUCGUCUGGGACCACUUGCAGGAUAUUAAGGACUUACUCCAGCGAUUCCUAGUCUAUAACAUUACUGCAAGCGGACCCAAGAGCAUCCUGGCCGUCCCGGAAGUAACCAUACUGGGAUUUCGCUGUGGAGCCUAUGGGAGGAAACCCGAUCCAGCAAAGACUAAUAAGAUCUCUCAGUGGCGGACACCCCUGCGUACCACGACGGAAGUACGAGCCUUCCUAGGGGUGGUCGGGUUCUGGAGGAUCUUCAUCAAAGGUUUCGCAAAGAUAGCAGAACCCAUCCGCGCGAUGAUUAGGGAAGGUGGCACUAUGGAUUGGACCGAGGAUAGGGAAGAGGCAGCCCAGACCCUGAAAGACAUCCUCUCAUCCGAUCAGGUCACGUUAGCAGCACCCUGUUUCAAUGACGAGGUAGGACGACCCUUCAUCUUAGAAACAGACGAGGGACCAUUGGCAGUGGGAGGAGUAUUGAUACAGAGAAGCGAAAAGGGCAAAGAAAGACCAAUCAGAUUUGAAAGUAGGACCCUGAAUUCAGCAGAACGACGGUAUUCGCAGUUCAAGAAGGAGGUCUUAACGAUCCUGCAUUGUCUUAAGACCUUCCAGGCAUACCUGUUCGGGAGGCGAUUUAUCCUAAGGAUCGAUCCCACCAACAUUGUCGGAGCCCUAAAGAACUACAAGCCCAUAGACCCGACUGUUGGCAGAUGGAUAGGCUUCAUAUGGCAAUUCGACUAUAAGGUCGAGCGAAUUGCAGGGCUUCGAAAUAGGGCAGAUGGGCUGAGCAGGGUUUGUAUCACGCCAGGAGUAGAGAAGGCAGAACCAAUUGACGCCUUCCUGGAGUACGAAGGAGGGACCCUUGUCGUGGAUAAUGAGAUGACAGAUCCGGCAAUUGCAACAGGACAGUUGUUGAUUCAGACCUUGGAAAAGGGCGCACCUGCAGUAGUUGCAGAACUCAGGGAAGAACCAGUCACCACGGUUAGGCGUAAAGAGGAAAAAGACUCGUGGGGAGCAGCAGUAGGGGCAAGAGAGGAAUUGAUGGCAAUGACCGUGGAAGGGGGACAAAACGCCAUAAUGACAUUGGUCGAAACCUGGGCGCAGGAGUGUCAGUACGUAGUCAACCUCACUCGGGAGGAGCAGGGUGCGGAUCAGAACGAACAGGAAUUCUUCCUCAUACAAAUGUACGAGGGCGUUUUCAAAGAAAUUGGUUUGCUGCUUGUAGGGAACAAACAACCCACGGAAGUCAGUCCCAAGGCAAGGGAGGAAGUACAAAAGUACGUCCUAAGAAAUGGCCACCUGUUCAAGAGAGAGGAAGGGAUGAUGCCUAGACGCGUCGUUUGUGGGAGGUCUAGGCAGCCGGACAUAAUUCAGGCAAUGCAUGAUGGGCUAGCUGGGGGUCACCGGUCGUCAAAGGGGACACUUGCAAAGAUUGUGCCCCUGUAUUUCUGGCCAGGAAUGGCAGGCAUGGUCGCAACGUACUGUCAGACGUGUAUGAUAUGUCAAGAAAGGAGCUCCGUACGGGUUUACGAGCCCCUUAGACCCACCCGGGUACUGGGACCCGGACACCUUGUUCACCUCGAUCUUGCCGUUAUGCCCGUAUCRAYGGAUKGGYUUAGAUACAUCUUGGAUGCAAGGGAUAAUCUUAGUGGCUAUGUAGAAGCCGUAGCCCUCAAGAGGAAGACAGGGAAAGCAGUGGCCGAUUGGGUGGAAAAUUUCUACCUAAGGCACCCCUCCGUGCGCAGGUUUAUAGCAGACAAUGGGACAAAAUUCGUUAACCAGGAGGUGUUGAACAGGCUUAAGACACUGUGUGUACCGAUCAAGAUCACCGAACCCUACCAUCCUGAGGCAAAUGCACCGGUAGAAAGAGGUCACCGGACUUUGAAGAACACAAUCGCAAAGUUGGCAGCACAUAAUUUGGGAAGUUGGCCACGGUUUCUCAAGCAGGCAGUCUUCACCGAGAACAUGACUCCAAAAAGAACAACGGGAUGUAUUCCAGCAGAGCUCUGGUAUGGAAGGGAGAUCAAUUUUCCGAUAGAAACUUUGUUCCCCACCUGGAACAGGCUAGAUGACGACCCACACUUGAGCACGAAAGAGUUAAUCACCGCACGCUGUCAGCAGGUCGCCAGAAAUGAGGAGGCACUCGAGGAAGUAGUCAAUCGUGUGACGAAUAGCCGAAUGAGGGAUAAAGCAAGAUGGGACCAGGUUAAGAACAUUCGGAAGGAGCCACUCCAGGGGAAGGAACUUAGUCCUCACUUGGUGGAAAGCGAGGGCAAGGGAAGGGCAGCCGGUCCCUUGUGCCACCAAGAAGGGAAGGAUACGGAACUAUUGAGAGCAAUUGCGAAAGCGGAAAGGAGUGCUGAUUUUGGACGAGCAGCGAGGGCAGAAGCGAAAUUAGCAGCUAGGGAACAGGCUGCUGCAGCAGGCAGAGCAGUAGCAAUGUCUAGCGCAGCGGCAUCCUCUGCUGCAUCGUCCGCAGUAUCCUCGUCAGGGACCCAUUUGGGUAUGCCCACAGGGUCCACAGGUACUUCCAGUUCAGUAGGUUCUCGACAGUCUACAAGUCAAAUGGCUGGCUCACAAUUCAGCCUGUUGACCCCACACGAAAGGGAGCUUCUAGAGCUCCAACAGGUCGAAAGGAUCCGUGAACGAUUAGAGAGGGAGCUGAAACAGGCAACCGAUAGAGAAAGAAAAAUUAAAAAUAGAACAGCCAGGCUUGAAACGUUAGAGGCUGACAAAGCUGAGUUAGAGGGUUUGGACGAGUCAGGAUUGACCGAACCGAUGAAAGUAUUGAAGAACAAUAUGAUGUCACUGCAUGCGCAUGUGGACAGCCGAUUGGACUUUAUGCACAACACUCUAGACCAGAUCCUGGACAUUUUGCAAAGGCCAGGAUUUAGGCCUCCAACACAGUCGCCGUUGCCGUUAACGGCGAUGUCAGGCCCCUUUCCCAUACAAGCUGGCACACAACCAAGUGGCACGUCUGCAGCAGUCUCACAAACUGUUGCUUCUUCUUCGGGUCCAGCGGUGGUUGCUACACCACCACAACAACCUGUUCCCCAACAGGGACAGCCGCAAGGUCAAUGGUACCCUAAGACCCCUAUGAAACCGCCUCCUUCCUUCUCAGGCGAGAAGAAGGAUGAGGAACUCAACACUUGGUUGAGAACGGUUCCGGUAUGGGUAAAGGCAAAGAGGACUUUGCAGGAGGAGGAGGUGAUUACUGCUGCAUCUUACCUCGAGGGUAAGGCAGCCAAAUGGCUAGAUGGUUUAGUUGCAAAGGCCGGGUACGGACGACGCAUGGCGGACUUGGCUAGGACAAUCACGUUAGACCAGUUCAUGGAGAUGGUAGAAGCUCGAUGGCACAAUCCACAGCAGGAGCAAAUGGCCACUGAUGCGAUGCACAGACUAGACCAACGAAAGUUCAAGUCGGUCAGAGAGCUUACGACUACCGUUGAGAGCCUUAUCGUCGCCCCUGGCAUCAACUAUGAUAACCAAUUCCUGUUGACCACAUUUGUAAGAUGUCUUCCAGAGAACCUCAGGAACUUACUGGCCAGCGAGGCUCGCCUCGAGUAUCACUCUUUUAAGACAUUGACUAGAAAAGCCUUAGACUUAGAGGCCACUCUAGGGAAUGCUCAACCUACUCAGAAUGACUCAAAGAAGAAGAAGAGUCUGCAGGAAUGGAAGAAAAAAGGGGCUAAAUUGAUGAUGGUUGAGUCCGAUGGGACUCAAACAGAGAUCGAUGAGCUCACAGACCUGCUGGACGCUUCAGAGUACGACGGCGAGGAGAUCGCUGAGGGUAGCACCCUCGCCGCAGUAGACCGGGUAUGGCACCUUCGUAGACCAGUAGCAUCUACUUUGGCCAACAAGGAGCGCAUGAUAGUGACGGACUACAUCAAGGACGUAGUUUGUACCUUCUCCUAUGGAGGAGGUGAGCUUAACUAUAAGAUCUCGUUCUUGGUUAGCGACGACUUGCCAUUUGAUAUGCUGUUAGGCAUGUACUACCUCGAAGUUGCUAAGCCCCAGUUCGACUGGGAUAAGAAGGUGCUCAAACACAAGUUGCCCGAUGGCCGAACUGUCAGAUUGACCAAGUUCAAGGCCAGUAGUAUUAUAGAUACCUAUGGCUGCUUGUGCGCAUCCGCGUUCUACAACUACUAUAAGCAAAACCAAGAGGAGGGUAUGUACCUUGUUUAUGUCUCCGAGAAGGGGGAGGCCGUUAAAACACCCCCAGAGAUAGAACGCGUCGUUGCUAAGUUCCCCGAUCUGUUCGAAGAGCCCUCAAGAGUUGUUGAUAGGGAAGUCGUCCACGCUAUAGAAAUCAUUCCAGGGAGUAAGACCCCAAAGGGAAGGAUCUAUAGGAUGGCCCCUGCCGAGUUAGAUGAACUUCGGAAGCAACUAAAGGAGAUGACAGAGAAGGGUUGGAUUCGGCCUAGUACUUCCCCUUACGGAUCACCCGCUCUGUUCGUACCUAAGAAGGGGGGUGCUUUGAGGAUGUGCAUUGAUUAUAGAGGCCUCAAUGCCAUCACUGUGAAAAACGCAGAGCCUCUACCGCGUAUAGACGACCUAUUGGAUAGGGUGAAGGGAUGCAAGUACUAUGGCAAGAUAGACUUGAAAUCCGGAUAUCACCAGAUCGCAAUAAGACCUGAGGACCAACACAAGAUAACUUUUCAGACCCGUUAUGGUCUAUAUGAGUUUGUAGUGAUGCCCUUUGGUCUUUGUAAUGCGCCGGGUACGUUCCAGCACGCUAUGAAUCUGAUCUUCCAUGACCAUUUAGAUAAGUUUUUCGUGGUCUACUUAGACGACAUUCUGAUCUUUAAUAAGUCUGCCGAGGAGCAUGCACAACAUGUUGAGAAAGUACUCUCACUCCUGCGACAACACAAGUAUAAGGUCAACUUAGAGAAGUGCGAAUUUGGCCGCACUAAGAUACUAUACUUGGGUCAUGAAGUAUCCGCGGAGGGAACUAGGCCGGAGGAUGCGAAGGUGGCUAGUAUUCGAGACUGGCCACGACCUCAGACAGUCACUGAGAAGCCAUUCAUAGUGACCACUGACACUAGCCAAUACGACAUUGGCGCAAUGCUGGCUCAGCAGGAUGGGAAAAAGUUGGGACCAAUUGAGUACAUGAGUAAGAAGAUGCCAUCGAAGAAGUUGGCUAAGUCCACCUACGAAAGGGAACUCUAUGCUCUCUACAAGGCACUUGUCUAUUGGAGACACUUCCUUUUGGGAAGGUUCUUCUACCUGAGGACUGAUCAUCAGACCCUCAAAUGGAUCAAGACUCAACCGACUCUUUCUGAUGCACUCAAGCGAUGGAUUGAGGUCAUAGACCAAUAUGACUUCAAGCUCGAGUACCUGAAGGGAGAGUACAACAAGGUUGCAGACGUGCUAUCCCGUAGAGCAGACUACCUAGGUGCGCUAGUUUCUGACUUUGGCGUAUCUAAUGAAGUAACUCAAUCAUUGGUGGGAGCCUAUGAGGAAGACCCUGUCACGAUGGACAUCAUCCGCAAACUUCAGGCAAAAGAUGAGGGCACGGAAAGAUUGAGUGUUUCCAUGGAUUUCAUGGACACGCUAGUGACCAGCAAGAGCGGUAAGAGGCACAUUUUCGUCAUGAUCGACCGAUUCACCAAAUACUCUAGACUAGUACCAAUGCCAGAGACAGCCAGGACGGAAUACGUCAUCAAGUUGUUCAAGGACAACUGGGUAAGGGACUUUGACCGAGACGUCCGAUUCACAAGUGAGUUGUGGAAGAAGACUGCUGAACAGAUGGGCAGUCAACUUCAAAUGACUUCAGGCAAUCAUCCGGAAGCCAACGGACUGGCAAAACAAAUGAAUAGAGUUGUACAACACUUGAUGAGGCAUUACAUCAAGCCCAGCCAGGAUGACUGGGAUGAGCAGUUACCUCUCAUCGCCAGCCUGUACAACAAUGUUGUACACAGCAGUACCGACGUUAGCCCUAACCAGCUGCACUUGGGAUGAAAGCCUAGAUCAAGCACUAGACUUCCUCCUACCUGAAAAUCGACCCGCCGCAACUCCAGGCACACUUGAAUAUGGUGUGCAAUAUGGGAAGUUGCUGCAAGAGGCUGUUGAACAUAUGAAGAAAGCUCAGCAAGCCAUGAUUGCUUUUGAGAAUCAACAUCGCAGACAGUC